AAACAUGUCGAUGAGGUUUAUAUAUUUCUUAUUUAGCAUAUUCACGAAACUACUGCUGAAAUGUAAACUAACCUCCCCGGAGCCCUCUUGAUUUACCUUAUCAGAGAUGCAUUACGUAUAACUUACAAAAGUAAAUAUAUGAUAUUGAUGUAAUAAUAUUGUGCAGUAGUUUCACUUCAGCGUGAUGAAUAAAUGCCCAUCUAUCUCUCUUUGUAGACUUGCCUAACGAUAUCUCACCUCUACUCCCAUGAAUUCACCUUUGAUUCCAGUGUGAACUGUCAAUCAUAAGGUAGUAAUUGAGUGACUUAUCGCUGUACCGUGGUCCCCUAGGUAAAAUGACUCAACUAAGAAUUACCAGCUCCAGUUUGGUAUAGCAAAAAGGUGAAUGUAGUGGUUUGGGAAAAUAGCAGGGGUCCAAGAAUCACAAAGCAUAACCAGUCUGUGGCAAGUAAACUUUAAAUAACUCUUAACAGAAGAAAUGGGUGAGAUUUGAAUUUUUUUUUUUUAAUGUAAGACUGGUGAUAGUAAAUCUUAAAACAGGCAGGUAACUAUCUGCUGAGUUAAAAAUUACUAAAAUUCUUGGAUCCCUGAAUAGAAUUUUUUUUUUUAAGCGAAAAGAGGCAGUAUCACAGUUUAGAGUCACUUAUUGACUGUUUUACUGUUCUCUAUAUUGUUUUAUUUUUUAAAUUAGGCCCUGCCAUAAUAUUUCACACUAAAAACUACAAAGGAAUUAUUUUGGCUAAUAUUUAGUCUUUGACCCAUUUCAGUAUAGCAGUAAAAGUAAACUGUCUUUUCAUUCUUUCACCAGUUGGUGGUGAAAAUAGCAGUAUGCAUGCAUUAUCACUGGUGUCAGAAACUGUAAACUUUGUAAGUUAGCAGUUAUGCUCCUGUAACUGAUGUAAUUAAACUUUAAAAUAAACAUUGCACUAAACCUUUUAAAAAUAAUACAUUUGUUUUGGAGUGUGUAGCACGACCAUGUGGUACCAAUUUGGAUGAAUUCUUGGUAGUUUUUAUGUAAUUUUAUAAUGCUUAGACUCUUGAAGAGCUACUCUAUUUUAAUGUUAAGAUUCUUGUGUCUUAGUUUAACAUGGAUGUAAUUCCAUGUAAACAGGUAUGGAAAUAGGAAAUGUUUAGGCUGGACUGGUGGAUUAUUAAUUGACUUUCUUGGGUUCUUGGGAGUCAACAUUACUAAAGCAGUGUGAAUCCCUGUUUGCUUCAGGGCGAGAUGUGUGACAGAGGUGGCAUCAAGCUCUUACAGUCCCAACCCUCCAACGGAAAUGGGCGAAGAUCUCAGGAAUGGCAUCGGUCACAGGAAAUCGAUAGUGGCUGGCUGCUAGCAUGGCCACUUGGGGCUUAGGCAGAAAUAGAGCCAUGGAUGAGAACAAGUUGAGCAGUGCUAACGGCCAUGAAGAACGUAGCAAAAAGAGGAAAAAAAGCAAAAGCAGAAGCCGGAGUCAUGAACGAAAGAGAAGCAAAAGUAAGGAACGGAAACGAAGUAGAGAUAGAGAAAGGAAAAAGAGCAAAAGCCGUGAAAGAAAGCGAAGUAGAAGCAAAGAAAGGAGACGGAGCCGCUCAAGAAGCCGAGAUCGCAGAUUCAGAGGCCGCUACAGAAGUCCUUACUCCGGACCAAAAUUUAACAGUGCCAUCCGAGGAAAGAUUGGGUUGCCUCAUAGCAUCAAAUUAAGCAGACGACGUUCCCGAAGCAAAAGUCCAUUCAGAAAAGACAAGAGCCCUGUGAGGGAGCCUAUUGAUAAUUUAACUCCUGAGGAAAGAGAUGCAAGGACUGUUUUCUGCAUGCAGCUGGCAGCAAGGAUUCGGCCAAGGGAUUUGGAAGAGUUUUUCUCUACAGUAGGAAAGGUUCGCGAUGUGAGGAUGAUUUCUGAUAGAAAUUCAAGACGUUCCAAAGGAAUUGCUUAUGUGGAGUUUGUCGAUGUUAGCUCAGUGCCUCUAGCUAUAGGAUUAACUGGCCAGCGCGUCUUAGGAGUGCCAAUCAUAGUACAAGCAUCACAGGCAGAAAAAAACAGAGCUGCAGCAAUGGCAAAUAAUCUUCAAAAGGGAAGCGCUGGACCUAUGAGGCUUUAUGUGGGCUCGUUACACUUUAACAUAACUGAGGAUAUGCUUCGGGGGAUCUUUGAACCUUUUGGAAGAAUUGAAAGUAUCCAGCUCAUGAUGGAUAGUGAAACAGGUCGAUCCAAGGGAUACGGAUUUAUUACGUUUUCUGAUUCAGAAUGUGCCAAAAAGGCAUUGGAACAGCUUAAUGGAUUUGAACUAGCUGGAAGGCCAAUGAAAGUUGGUCAUGUUACUGAACGCACUGAUGCUUCCAGUGCUAGUUCAUUUUUGGACAGUGAUGAACUGGAAAGGACUGGAAUUGACUUGGGAACAACUGGUCGUCUCCAAUUGAUGGCAAGACUUGCAGAGGGUACAGGUUUGCAGAUUCCGCCAGCAGCACAACAGGCUCUGCAAAUGAGUGGUUCUUUGGCCUUUGGUGCUGUGGCAGAAUUCUCUUUUGUUAUAGAUUUGCAAACAAGACUUUCCCAGCAGACUGAAGCUUCAGCUUUAGCUGCAGCUGCCUCUGUUCAGCCACUUGCAACACAGUGUUUCCAACUCUCAAACAUGUUUAACCCUCAAACAGAAGAAGAAGUUGGAUGGGAUACAGAAAUUAAGGAUGAUGUGAUUGAAGAAUGUAAUAAACAUGGAGGAGUUAUUCAUAUUUAUGUUGACAAAAAUUCAGCUCAGGGCAAUGUAUAUGUGAAGUGCCCGUCAAUUGCUGCAGCUAUUGCUGCUGUCAAUGCGUUGCAUGGCAGGUGGUUUGCUGGUAAAAUGAUAACAGCAGCAUAUGUACCUCUUCCAACUUACCACAACCUCUUUCCUGAUUCUAUGACAGCAACACAACUACUGGUUCCAAGUAGACGAUGAAGGAAAAUAUAGUCCCUUAUGUACAUAGCUUUUUUUCUUUCUUGAGAAUUCACCUUGAGUUAUCUUUUAUUUAGAUAAAAAUAAAGAGGCAAGGGUCUACUGUCAUUUGUAUACAAUUCCUGUUACUUUGAAAAAAUAAAAA